AUGGUCCAGUGCAGCAUCUGCAAACUCUGGGAGCAUUUCGGAUGUGCCGGAGUAAAUGAGCAGGUAAAGCAGCGCAGUAUCACAUACACCUGCAAGCUGUGUGAGGCCAAGCAGGAACCGUUCAUUGAGCAGAUUCCUUCGGGGGAAACACGUCCAUUGAAGGGAUCAAAAACUACGUCAAAAGCGGGCUCAAGAAGAGGAAAGAAGAAUCCCGACCCGCCGAAAAGCACUACUUCAAGUGUCCGUGUGGCACUGCUAGAAGAAAAACUAAAACUUGUCGAAGAAGAACUUCGGCUGAAAGAAUAUGAGCUCUUGGAACAGAACGAGAUCAAGCAGCGGCAGCUAAAGGAAGAAGAGCGCCAGUUGGAUGAAAAACGUAAGCUCGCCCAAGAGGAACGGGACAUACGUGAGCGCAAACUGAAGGAGGAGUUGGCACUAAAAAGGAUGCAGCAACAAAUUAGGAAGGAGUCCUUCGAAAGGCGACUAGAAAUCAUCCGACAGCAGGCGCAAACGAGCAGCAGAGGUAGUUCGAUUUCGGAUAUGGGAAACAAAGUGAAAAACUGGCUGAAUUCCUCGCAAAUACUGGAGGAUCGGAGGGAAAUCAAGAUAAUAACGACGACGAUGAUCAAUCCGUCGAUCCCGAUGGCGAAGAUGUUCCUGAAGACCCAGCAGACGAUUAUUCAGCUAGUCAUAUAUCAGCACUCUCAAAGCACUCACAUCCCCUCCAACUACCUCAUCCUCCCGCACCAUGCCCAUCGAAACCCGUUCAGAAGCUGCAGAACUGUGCCGCACGUUAUCAAGACCCUGCGCACGCUCUACGGAAGACCGGAGCUAAUAAUUCGAUCGCUGAUGAGCAAAAUUCAGUACGUACCGGCCCCAAGGCACGACCGGUUGGAAACGCUUAUCUGUUUUGGUCUCUCAGUUCAGAACUUAGUGGAUCAUCUUAAAGCAGCUGGCCAGCAAAACCACCUGUCAAAUCCGACGCUAAUGCAGGAUUUCGUAGAGAAGUUACCAGGCUCGAUGCGAUUGGAUUGGGCCAUCUACAAAAAUAAAAACCAACCAGCUAACCUUGAAACGUUCGGGGAAUUCAUGUCCGGUCUGGUCACCGCUGCGAGUGAGGUUUCCUUCGAGAUUCCUGGACUAGGGAGUGCUCUUAGACACGAAAAACGGAAGCCAAGAGAAACCGGUGUCAUUCAUACUCAUUCCAAUGAGCGAACUUCCGCAGUCGCAACUGGUAGUGCUACUAAUAACUCCAAAUCUGGAAAGCCGUGCGGGGCAUGUGGCCGUGUUGGUCAUCGAGUGGCGGACUGUCACCAGUUUAAAGGCGCAAGUUUGGACGAGCGAUGGAAACUGGUCCAGCAAAAAGGGUUUUGCAGAACCUGCCUCAAUAGUCAUGGAAAAUGGCCAUGUAGAUCAUGGAACGGAUGUGGAAUUGAGGGGUGUCGCCAGAAACACCACACUCUCCUACAUUGCUCAUCCCCUCUCACCGAAAACGUAGGCGUAUCGGCUAGUCACGUGUUUUCUGGUGACCUUAAAUGGCCACUCUUUCGCAUCGUGCCUGUCGUUCUAUCUAGCGACAGCAAUCGACUAACCACCUUCGCAUUCAUCGAUGAAGGCUCUUCGUACACUCUUUUAGAAGAAUCUGUUGCAAAGCAGCUGGGGGUCGAAGGUCAUACGGAACCACUCACACUUCAGUGGACCGAAAAUGUAAAGCGGAUCGAGCCGAAGUCACAACGUGUGCAGAUUGAUAUCUCCGGUAAGGGAUGUGGCGCUCAAUACAAGCUCGUUGGCACUCGUACAGACUAUGAACUGGUUCAGCCCAAGCUACUGAUAGGUCUAGACAACUUGAGGCUAUGCGUUCCCCUGAAGUUGCGAGAAGGAGGACCUAGCGACCCAAUCGGUGCAAAAUGCCGGCUAGGAUGGAGUAUUUAUGGAUGCAUACCUGACCAACCGUCGCAAACGGCAGUGGUAAAUUUUCAUGUUGGAGCAGUGUCUGACCCGGAUCGGGAAUUGAACGAGCAACUCCGCGAUUUUUUCACUUUAGAUAAAGCUGGUAUUUCCCAUUUGUGCGAAGUCCCUGAGUCCGACGAUGACAAGCGUACCAAGCAGCUGCUAGUGGAUACAACGAGGCGCGUAUCAUCCGGAUCUGGCUACGAAACCGGGUUGCUUUGGAGAACAAAUAAUCAAAAUUUCCCAGACAGCUACCCAAUGGCCUUGCGGCGACUAGAGGGGCUAGAACGAAAACUUCAAAAGGAUCCGUCACUAGAGAAGCGAGUUCGUGAGCAAAUCUAUGAAUACGAGCGCAAGGGCUAUGCUCAUAAAGCAAAUCUGGAAGAACUGACAUCCGUUGAAUCCGGACGUGUAUGGUACCUUCCCCUGGGUUUCGUUACUAACCCUCGAAAGCCAGAGAAGCUACGAUUAAUCUGGGACGCAGCAGCCAAAAUGUUCCAUCAGAUUAAAAUACGAGCUCCCGAUUGCCAGUCUCAGCGAUUUCUGUUCCGAGAACGCCCAUCAGACCACCCCCAAGUGUACGUGAUGGACGUCGCAACAUUCGGUUCCACCUGCUCGCCAGCAUCAGCACAGUUCGUGAAAAAUCUCAACGCUGACGAGUUUGCGACCGAGUAUCCACGAGCUGCCGUAGCCAUCAAGAACAACCACUAUGUUGACGACUAUCUGGAUAGUUUUGAGUCGGUCAACGAAGCGAUCGCGGUUGUAAACGAAAUCAAGCUGGUACACUCGAAAGGUGGCUUCACCCUACGGCAUUUCCUGUCUAACGAGACCGAAGUUCUGCAGAAAAUAGGAGAGACGGAUGAGCUAGAGCAGAAGAACCUAGAUCUGGAACGGGGGGAAAAAUCUGAGUCGGUCCUUGGAAUGAACUGGUUACCAUACGAGGAUGUGUUCGUGUACGCCCUGGGGUUGAGAGAAGAUCUGCAGUUUAUUCUUCUCGAUAAUCAUAUUCCCACUAAACGAGAGAUAGCCCGGGUGGUCAUGAGCUUGUUCGAUCCACUAGGAUUUAUCGCAUUCUUCCUCGUGCACGGUAAAAUCCUCCUUCAGGAUAUCUGGGCGAAAGGAACAGAGUGGGACCAGAAAGUACCGGAGGAAAUCAAUGAACGCUGGCAACAAUGGUCAAAUCUUUUUCCGCAGCUAAACACUCUUCAUAUACCGAGAUGCUACUUCCGCUCACCGUUCCCCAAAAACCUUGAUAAUCUUCAACUCCAUGUUUUCGUGGAUGCCAGCGAAGCAGCGUAUGCCUGCGCAGUUUAUUUUCGCUUAGAGACAGAUAAUGGUGUGCAAGUGGCGCUUGUCGGUGCAAAGACCAAGGUCGCGCCGUUGAAAACGCUCUCUAUCCCGAAACUAGAGCUGAAUGCGGCUGUUCUUGGCACUCGAUUAAUGGGUGCAAUUCAAAGUCAACACACUUUCCCCAUUAGCCGACGCUACCUUUGGAGUGAUUCUGGAACCGUACUUGCGUGGAUUCGUUCACGCGAUCACAGGCGAUACAAGCAGUUUGUUGCUGUUCGCGUUGGCGAGAUAUUAACGUCCACUGAGCAGAAAGAAUGGAUGUGGGUGCCAUCAAAAUUGAACGUCGUCGAUCUUGCAACAAAGUGGGGUAACGGUCCGCAGCUGAAUAUGAAUAAUGUCUGGUUCCAGGGACAGGGUUUUAUCCAUGCCUCAGCAGAAAACUGGCCACGGCAAUAG